CUUCCCUCCCUCCCCGUCCUUUCGAUCGGCGCCCAGUGCCGGCGGCCCUGCCUUUCCAUCAGCCGUGGCGGCAGCACUGCGGAGGAGCCCGGGAGGUUGGUAUGCCGUAAUCGAAAACGAGUGCCAAGGUGUGUGGGGGUUGAUAUACACGCCCCCCUCAGAAAGAAAAAGGGUUUCCAUCGGCAGAUCCGGAUUAGGUUCUCCAUCCAACCUUUUCCCUUUCCUGGUUCCUCAUUUUUUUUAUUUCUCUCCAUCUGAAUCUUUCUCCUUUAAAACAACAACAACAACCACCCUCCACACACUUUCCUGCAUUUUUAAGAUCUCAAGAUGGUGCAGAAGAAAACAGAGCUCAAAGGUUUCCAUCGCUCCUUUAAGGGGCAGAAUCCGUUCGACCUGGAAUUCUCCCAAUCAAAUCACUUGGAAUCUGUCUUCAACUUUGAAUGCCCGUCUCGCCCUGACAUGCCUUCGAGUCAACCCAUUGACAUCCCCAAUGCUAAGAGAAGGAAUAAGAAGAAGAAACGCUGUAGAGCCACGGACAGUUUUUCAGGGAGAUUUGAAGAUGUUUACCAGCUCCAAGAGGAGGUACUCGGGGAAGGCGCACAUGCAAAGGUCCAGGCUUGCGUUAACCUCAUUACCAAUAAGGAGUAUGCUGUGAAGAUAAUUGAGAAGCGUCUUGGACACAUCCGAAGUCGGGUCUUCCGGGAAGUGGAGAUGCUGUAUCAGUGCCAAGGACACAGAAACAUCCUGGAACUGAUAGAGUUCUUUGAGGAGGAGGACCGAUUCUACCUCGUGUUCGAAAAGAUGAGAGGAGGCUCCAUCUUAACCCAUAUCCACCGUCGCCGCCAUUUCAAUGAGUUGGAGGCCAGCAUGGUGGUCCACAAUAUCGCCAGUGCCCUUAACUUCUUGCACAACAAAGGAAUAGCACAUCGAGAUUUAAAACCAGAAAAUAUUCUCUGUGAGAGACCCAAUCAGGUUUCCCCCGUGAAAAUCUGUGACUUCGAUCUGGGAAGCGGGAUCAAGUUGAAUGGUGACUGUUCCCCCAUCUCUACCCCGGAGUUGCUUACCCCGUGCGGUUCGGCAGAAUACAUGGCCCCAGAGGUGGUGGAGGCCUUUAACGAAGAGGCGACCAUUUACGACAAGCGCUGUGAUCUCUGGAGCCUCGGGGUCAUCCUGUACAUCAUGCUGAGCGGCUACCCCCCCUUCGUGGGGCAUUGUGGGACCGACUGCGGCUGGGACCGCGGCGAAGCGUGCCCCGCCUGCCAGAAUAUGCUGUUUGAAAGCAUCCAGGAAGGAAAAUACGAAUUCCCCGACAAAGACUGGGCUCACAUUUCCUUUGGAGCCAAAGACCUCAUUUCAAAGCUCCUUGUGAGAGACGCCAAGAAGCGGCUGAGUGCCGCCGAAGUCCUCAAGCACCCGUGGGUACAAGGGUGUGCGCCGGACAAUACCCUCCCCACUCCAAUCAUCCUACAAAGGAACAGCAGUGCCAAAGAGCUCACGUCGUUCGCUGCCGAAGCCAUCGCCGUCAACCGGCAGCUGAUGGAGCGCGAAGAGGAGGCGGCCGAGACGAGCCUCCCCAUCAUCAUCAAAGCUACCUCGUGUUCUAUGCAGCUCUCUCCCCCGUCGGAGUCCAAACUGGCCAAGCGCCGCCAGAGGACCAGCAUGAUGAAAGCGGAGGCCCACCAACAUCUGGUGACCCCCUUGGUGUUGGUGGGGGACUUGGUGUGAUCUCUCCCCCCACCCCAUCCCCUCCGCCGGGUGUACUUCACCAUUCUUCCAUAUUUUUUUAUUUUUAUUCUCGGACAAGACAGACACACACAACAGUCUCCCCCCCCCGAGUAAUGCUGAAAAGCUAGCAAGCAAGAUCAGAACUCUUGACAUUGGCUGGUUUCCAAGGAGAUAGAUAGAUAUAGAUAGAUAUAUUUCCUGAUCUUGUCAACACUGGCUGCUUCUUUCCCCUUUAAAAAAAGAAAUGAAAUGAAAAAGUGUUGCUUCUCCUACUCCCUGGAAGAGUUUGCUUUUGACACAUUUGUAAUAUAUAAUUUGCUUUAAAAAAAAAACCCACCACAAACCUGGUUUAUCUUCUGUCUCCUCCAAACAUAACCAGGUUGUGGGUCUCUCCCCCCCCCCCCACUUCCCUCCCCGCAACCCCACUUUCCCUCAUCAUCAUUGGAGGAAAGUGUGGUGGCUACUGGUUUUCUCUUUGCUCAAAAUGUCCUUAGCGGCUUAUCUUCAUACUGUGAAAAGAGGCAGGCGCUCCCUUAGUCUCAAGUUGAAAGGUAGCAUUUUCAUGUUUCGGUGUAUUGUUCGCGGUCGUCUUAUUUUUAUUAUUAUUAUUUUUUUAAUUGUGGUUUUGCUAUUGAGUUCUUUCCCCUUUUUUUCUUUUAAAAAGAAUAGAUUAUGAAAGUGGAAUCAUGGCCGUGCGCAGUUUGAAGGGGUGGGAGUGAAAUGGCUUUGCCUGUUGCCUGUCCCAAAAGGUGCUGAGGUAGCAAUGUGGGGUUUGGGUUUCACUGGUCUCAUUAACUCCCAUUGUCUCUGUCUGGGGUCUUCCCUAAAAACUGUACCUAUUCAGUUUUACCAAAAAAGGUACAAUUCAUGCAUGGGUCUGAGGCCCACUUCUCAUCAUGCUUAAAGCAACCCACUUGGAGGGUCGGAUAUCUAGAACAGGGGGUUGGUGCUCUGCAUUCUCCCCUACCUCCCCAGCGAAGCGCUGAUACAAGCUUGGAAUGAAAAGUACUGGGGGAGGAGGUUCCAGAGGCUAUGGGGAGGUGAACAGGGACACACAAGGAGGCUUCCAUUUCCUUGCCCACAGAUUCUUAUAGCUGCUAAAAAGUGUUCUGUCCCCCUUUUCUGAGGGACACCCGGCUUUGGAGAAAUGAUUCUGCUGCUGCCUAGUUUCCCUUACUUAGUGAGGAGGAGAGGGAGUGGAGUAGGAAAUUCUGGUCAAGAUUAGGUAAGGCCUUGAUUGUUCUCAGAAUAAGCUAUCUGCAAAAACCUCAGAGACUGUGUGAACCUCUGACUUGCUAAUUUCUCUGAUUUCUUCCAAUAAGAACCACAAAAGAAAUGAAUUUGUUCACCUGGUGGUGACUUCUCCCUGUAUGAAUUUUUUUAAAAAAAUGAAAAUUUAUAUAAUCAUGCGGAUUCUUCUGUGUCUCGAGUCUGCGGAUUAGCACACCCAGUGGGUGGGUGUUAAGGACAACUUAACGCCCCUCCCUAUUCUGACUUUGUGGCAAAUUUUUCGAUGAUUUGAUCAUGUCAGUGCCUCUUAUGUCUUAUGGAAUUUGGUGUGUGUGUGUGUGUGUGUGUGUGUGUGUGUGUCACUUUCACACACACCCCACUGGCUAACUACAGCUUUUUAGUGGGGCGGGGGGGGGGGGGUUCUGUGGCGGGCACCUUGAAAUAACAAUAUUUUAAUUGCUCCAUUAGAAGCAAAGGCAGAAGGUGCUUCCAUUUCAUAGCAACUUGUGAUUAUUAUUUUUAAGAAUCCAAAUAGAGUUGACUUUUUAAAAAUGACAUAUGCUAGGGAUGUACAUCAGACUAUUCCUGAAAGGGCUUUAUGGGAGAACAGAUCUACUCUGCUCCUGCUUAAGAAAGUGGAUUUUGGUCCCUGUAUAGGUGACGUGCCAGAAGAGAAUGGUUGAAGGCCAGUGUUCCCUCUAAUGGAUUCCCAGAUGUUGUGGACUACAACUCCCAGAUUCCCCAGCUGCAAUAGCCUUUGCUUGGGGAUUCUGGGAGUUGUAGUCCUCAACAUCUGGGAAUCUCUGUUAGAGGGUAGACUGUUCGAGAUGCCUCUGCUUUCUUCCUUUGGUUCCUCCCCAGCCAACAUAUCAUCCCAGCUAAGUUUGUCUGGCCUUCUGGCAGAGUAGUGCAUCUCGGCAUGGUCAGCAUUGAACUAGGAAUGUUGGGGAAAGGCAGUUCUGCCAAGAUGGAGAUGUUCUGGGGGUGUGCAUGUUUGCUGGAGGUUUCCAACAGUACUCCGUCCCCUGCAGAGAUGGAUGAGUCCCAAGAGGUCCCUAGGAAGGAGCUAAAAGCUGGUCAACCAUAACAUUUUAAGCAAAGUUGGAGGGACAGAGACCAGGGAGUAGGGAGGAGCAUCUGACGGAGGCUUUUGUGGAGACCAGUGUUGACUUCAAUUUCCAUAAUCCCCAGCCAAAGGUCACUGCACACAGGGAUGAUGGGAGCUGUAGUCAACAACGGGGAAUCCCCGUUACAGGGAACGCUGGCGGAGACCCGUGUGGUUACACACUGGCUUGCUCUCUUUGCAGUUGAGCCAAUGGUUGUGCUCAGGGACGCGUUUUUGUGGGAGGGGAGCGGGUUCCGUCCGUCAGCGUUGUGAGAGAGUCAUUCAGCUCUCUUGAGAUGAACUGCACCCUUGCUCAGAGAUGAGGUCCAGAGCGGUGCCCUUCGAGGCACAAGGACACUGUCCUUUGGCUGUCCUUGCGGUGGCUUCUCUGCUCCUGGCAAGGCCUGCAAAGGAUCGUGUCGCUUUUCAGGGAGCCUGUUUCUGCGCAGUUCUGCGGAGGGCGUCCGUGGCACGGGCAUCGCUCCGUCCUGUGGGCACAGCUUUCUUGGUGCCAUGUGAAUACCGCACCAACACCGUUCUCGUACAGUUGGCCGUUUGGGGAGGUGCAAAGAUGAGGUGCCGGUGAUCCCUGGCAAUAGCCGAUCUGUGGGGCAGGUGCCUCUGGCUCUUUGGGGUGGAUUUCCGGGGGGCUGGCUGCUUAGCCCCUUACGCUCACUGGAAAGUGUCUUGGGCACUUCAGGAAGAGUCGUCUUGAGCAGAGAACCCGACAGGCUAGGAGGCCACAUUCUGCCUCUGUGGAGGACCAAGUCCCCUUGAACUUAGCUAGACUCGCUCAGGGAAGGUGAUGGGACUGCUGGUGUGGGCAGAGGGGCAAGUUUGGGGAAGAAGUGGGCCGCCUCCUUGACCCUGGAAAGGAGAGUUUGGAAUUCGGGGAGGGUCCCCAAACCCAAGGGACUCGGAGUGAGUUGCUUUUGGAUUUAGAGUUGCUUGGGUUGAGCUGGAGGGCCAUCCUUUUUGUGUCUUGCGGGCGAGAAACGGAGCCAGCCUUACGGUGGGGACUUGCCAAGGGAGAUCAUUGGGGGCCUGCAUCGCCGAGUAUAUCUCAUGGGUCAGGUCUGGGUGGGGUUAAGCAUAAGCUGAGGUCAGGGGCUGGGAAGCCGGGCCUACAAGGGAGCAAGUGGAAGUCACGGGUGGAGGUCAGGAGCUGGGACACCCAGUCUACGAGUGUCGGGUGGAAAACUUUGCAAGGAUGUGGCUUCCAUCUCCGGCAACAGCAGAGACUCUUGACGGAAAAGGGAAGCCUGUCUCCUAUUCCGGAGGUCUUACCAGGGCCGCCUCUGCCUUAUGCAGAUGCUGGCUGGACCAUAACUGAGCAGCGGGUGGCUCUGUUGGAGGAUUAGCAGCUUUGUCUUGUGAGCAGGAGGAGGAGGGCACUUCGGGUCUUGGGGUCAGGGUAGGGGGCUGAGGGGUAUGGGCCCUCUUUAAAAAGCUGUCCCUACCCCUGGGAACUUUUGGAUCUCGUGAUGGGAUGAGACAUCCAUAACGCUUUCCCUGGGUACCCCCACCACCACCACAUGACUAUUCCAAAGUCUUUUGGAGAUAGGCCUGUGGUUUCAAACUAAGUUGGCCAGUGGAGGAAAAACCAUGGCAGAGGGCUCCUGCAGUUGGAAACGGAACGUUUUCUCCACCACAAACACUUUUCCUCCUCUUCAUGUCUGCCAGGAUGUGCACAGCUGGUGGUGGUUUCUUGCAGUGUGUGUGGAAGGGUGGUGGUUUUUCUCUGAAUGAGAGUUUUUUCUCUUGAAGACUUUAAUACUAUGCAACCCAUGCUUGUUUUCCAGGGACGUAGGUGAUAGUAAAUAGCCUUUUGGGGGCAUAUCAUAACUACUGGGUGUGUGCAACUUUUAAGGGUUGUAAAAUAGCUCGCCUUUGCUUUGUAAUAUUAUUCCCCCACUUGGUGACAAGUGAAAUACCUGGAUUUACACACACACACACACACACACACACACACACAAACACACCCCUCACUCAUUGGUUUUGUCCGUAAAUCCUUUUUAUGACCGUGGGAGCUUUUUCUGGCAGACGCCCUACUUCCUCUGAGGGAAGAGACGAGGGUGUGGGAUGCAGGACGUUAGCACUGCUAGCAUAGUGACUGCAUUUCAUAAACUCAAAUGGGCUGAAAUGUCGGGAAGGCCUCUCUUAAAAGGAGAGAGAAAAACUGAAUGUAUGUUAACCGUAGAGAACGCGUUUUGUUACUGGUUGUAGAUAAUUCCUCAUCGGAUAUUGAAUACUUGAACAAUCUAAAGUGAUGCCUUUCUGUUGGGAAAGCUAUCCUAAAGCUGCAGGCUACAGCUGCUUAACUUGUUGAGAGUAGCGCGUUUCACCCAUGUUGUGUCUCCUUUUGACACCCGGGAGUGGCCCCUCUAAUCACCCAAAAGAAGACAGCUUUAAGCUCUUGAAUCUCCCUCUAUUAUAAAAAAAAAAUAGGUUGAGUUUUGAGCAACCUGUCCAAAGCAAUCCGGAACGUAUCGGGAACCUUUAAACCAUCUACACCACAAUAUUGAGAAUCUGUCAAACUAUUGCGGGUCCCGCUCAAAGAAUGGUGUGAUGCUGCAAAUUGAGGACUCUUGGAAUGCGCACACCCCACAACUAUGGGGCCCAGGAGUGCUCAGUUAGUCCCUGACUAGGAGCAGAUGUCUGCGUGGGAUUUUUCUGUGUUUGUGCUACUAUGCGGGGAGGACCACUUCUUUCCCUUGACUGUUGCUAAAAGGCCCAAAUGGGGGUGCUGGAAAGACCCCCUAUGGCUACAGGUUAGUCUUUGGUCAGUAGACUUAGUCUUUGGACAGUAGGGCACAUGUACAACUCGUUUUUGUGUUUUGUUUUGUUUUUUAAAUGCUCUCAACAAGGAAUUCCCAGUUUCAGAUAAUUCUCAGGUUUAUACGCGGAGUGAAAGUUCGCUCAGAGGUUCUUUUCUACUUUAGACUUUGACUUUUGUGCUCAAGACUAGAAAAGAACCCCGUUCCGGGAGCACUGCAUGGGGCUAGCAUCAUUGCCCAUGAUUGCAGAAUGCAGUCAUCUGGACCACUUAAGUCUCUCGCCGCUUCCCCUGAUGCGUCUUUCUUAUGCGCAGCCGAUCUUACUUAGCAUGCAUCUUCUCGGCACAAGGUUGUGCAUGCCCCCUCUGUGUGCGCACGCAAACCCACUUGAAUGCGUGCCGAAUGGUAUCUGGGUGCGCGGCCCAAGGAAGUGGCUGGGUUCUCUGUCAAACCGGCAUACUUUUUUGCAUAAAGGAAGGCGGGGAAAGCAAAUUCAAGACAGCCCCAGUUAGAAAUGGAGCCGAGAUCCUCGCUUAUUCUCAGAGUGGUUUAUGGCUCUGCGAUAGCGUGGUCCAAAUGCCGCACAAAGUGAUUCACUUUUGUCCUGUUUGGCACAGUGGCCGUUGUGAUGGGACACGCUGCCCUUAACUCUUGCCUGAUGCGAUUGGGUUGAGAUCCCUCUUGGCUCAGGGUAGGAGGUCUAAGGGUACCUCAGCAACUCAGGUGGAGUGUGUCUGUCGCUUCCCACCUCCCCAGUUGCAGUGGCAUGUAGGGCUCUUGGUCCUACAGAUCCGUGCUGCCAGGUGGGAAGCCCAUGCACAAGAUCUAUCUAUUUAUUAAAUUUGUAUACCACCCAACUGACAGAUGCCCUCGGGGCGGUUUGCACUGGGAAGAAAAAAAUGUAAAAAUCAACGACAGAAAAGUGAAAAUAAAGUCAAUAAAACCAGAUUCUUAUUUGUCUUGUAGGAGACAAAUAUCUAUCACUUUUGUUUUAAAAGCUUUGAUUUGAAUGUCGUUGAAAGCAACAAGACUUUUGAGGCACAGCUAACCCGUCCUGUUCAGUUGGGUGUGUGUCGGGGGUGGGUGGGGAGACUGCCUUGGCCCUCCCCUCCAAUAUGUUACCUUUUGGGACUUUGGGUGUGUCUAUGGUUAGGGUGUUUUUUAAAAAAUCUCAUUCCCCAGACGCAGGCAAAACCCGACAGUGUGUGUCAAGUAUGUACCCCUAGAUUUCCCUUCUUUUUUGCCCUCUCCCUGCGUGCACUUGUGUAUGAGAGACCCAAAUGGUGCUUAGAUUUCUUGUCUCUCAACCCCGAGGCAAAACAUGCAUAUCUGUAUUACCGUCUUCCUGCCCAGGAGUGUCCACACUACAAAGGGUUUUGAAACUUGUGUUAACCCCCAUGGAGUCCUGGGAUGGGAGUUCAGUGUCCCUAAGGACACAGUGUCCCUAAGAGGUGCCCCACAGCUCUCCUGGCACAGAAGCCAGAAGAGUUGUUUUUUUUAAGUGAGUCUGAAGCUACUAGUCCCCAUAGAGAAAUGGGCUGUUGUUGGCUAGGAGCUCCCAACUACUCUUGAUGUUCUCUAAAUCAGCUAGCCAGUUUCUCUCUCGAAAUUGCUUCCACAUCCUUAUGCUUUCUUCCCAUCCUCAUUUUUAUUUUAUUUUUUUUGCAAAGUGUGCACAGAUUUUUAACCCUGCCUUGUUCAAGUUCUUAUUUUAAGCCUCUCGUUUUCCUCCCCCAUGUCUCGAUGUCCUUUAACACUUUUUAAAAAUACUUUUUUGUGUUUUAUUAGCUGCACGACGGGGAUGGGAUGAUACAGAGAGGGCGCUUUUGAUUGACUCUUCCCCUGCUAUUAAUUCCUAUUUAGAACUGGUUAGUAACUUUUUACUGUGAAACUUUUUUUCUUUUAUGAGAAAAAUCAGUCCAAGAGAAGCUCCUUUUCUCCUCUGGUUACCGUAAAAGACUGCCAAAGGUUUGUGUUCUGACAUGAAGUCACCUCAACGCACUGCUGGGGAUUGUACAUGUGAGAGACCCCCAGUAAGGGACUGGUCAAAAAAUGAAAAAAACAAAAAAACAAAACAAAAAAACUUAAAAUAAAAAAAACAAACAAGCACUUUAUUAUAUGUACCAGGUGAACUGAUACAGCUUGAUGGAACUUUUUUCCUUUGUAACACCUUGUUGAUGAUGCCAGAAGUUUUUGUAUUCAGUUUUGUAAGAAUUUAAUAAAUGCAUUGAAACACAAA